AUGUCCUCGUGCCCGAUCUGUUUGGAGUCCUUCGUAGAAGUAGAGGCGGAUGGAGAGAGUAGCUGCGGAGAGGUCAGCCUCAUCACAUUAUGCAAGCAUCUGGUACAUCGUGAUUGCCUCAAGGGCCUGGCUGAUCAGGACUGGUUCAGAACCAAGAAUUUAACACAGUGCCCUGUCUGCAAGCAGGAACUGGCUGAUGCCCCUGCAGCUCCUAUUGAAAGCUGA